GGCAGGCGGCGGCGGGUGCGCGGCGGCGGCCGAGCCGUUUGUUUUGCUCCCGGCGGCGGCGGCGGCGGGGAACGAUCGGCACCGCCCCAACCCCCCCCCUCCCCCUCCCUCCCCCGGUCCCCCCCCUCCCUCCCUCCCCUCCCGGGGCCGCCGGAAGGAGCCCGGCAAUGUGGCGGCGGCGGCCCUGAGCCCUCCCCCCUCGGCCCGGCCGCCAUGGAGCCGCGGCGGUGACAGCCCCGGAGCGCAGCCCAACGCCGCCGCCGCCCGCCGCCAUGGAUGAACAAGAGGCCUUGAACUCCAUCAUGAAGGACCUGGUAGCACUCCAGAUGAGCCGACGGCACAGGCUGACUGGAUUUGAUACCAUGAAGAACAAAGACACCGCUCACUCCAACAAACAGAAAAAACACAAUGCCAGCAGUCCACCCCUCUUGGGCAGCCCUGCAAUAACAAACCAGUGUGCCUCUGCAGUGGAAGAAAAAAAAAUUCCGAAUGAUGUAAGGAUAAAGUUUGAAUAUAACGGAGAAAGGCGAAUUAUCCCAUUUGUCCGUCCUGUGCGCUAUGAAGAUGUGCAACAGAAAGUGAAAACAGCCUUUGGCCAGCCCCUGGACCUCCACUACAUGAACAAUGAGCUAUCGAUUCCUCUGAAAAACCAAGAUGACCUGGAUAAAGCAGUAGAUCUCUUAGACCGAAGCUCUAAUGUGAAAAGCCUUAGAAUAUUACUGCUGUCUCAGGACAGGAACCAUACAAGUUCUUCACCCCAUUCUGGACUGCCCAAACAAGUCAGGAUUAAAACCUCCCAAUCUGUGGGGGAUGUGAACACACCCUAUCAGCAGCCAGAACCCAGAAGUAGGCAUCUGUCUGUCAGUUCCCAGAACACAGGCCGAAGUUCACCACCCCCUGGGUACGUUCCAGAGAGGCAGCAGCGCAUUGCUCGGCAGGGUUCCUACACCAGCAUCAAUAGCGAAGGCGAAUUCAUCCCGGAAACCAAUGAACAGUGUAUGCUGGACCCUUUAAGCAGUGCUGAGAACUCGGUGUCAGGAAGCUGUCAGUCCUUGGACAGGUCAGCAGACAGUCCUUCUUUUCGGAAGUCACGGAUGUCAAGGGCACAAAGCUUUCCUGAUAAUAGACAGGAGUUCUCAGACCGCGAGAAUCAGAUCUAUGACAAAGCCGGGAAAGGUGGAACCUACCCUCGGCGCUACAACGUCUCCAUGCAGCACAAAGACUACAAUGAUGGUCGGAGGACGUUUCCCCGGAUACGGCGUCACCAAGGGAAUCUUUUCACUUUGGUGCCUUCAAGUCGUUCCUUAAGCACUAACGGGGAAAACCUGGGCCUGGCGUUGCAGUACCUGGACCCCCGGGGGCGCCUGCGGAGUGCUGACAGUGAAAAUGCCCUCGCUGUGCAGGAGAGGAACAUUCCCACUAAAUCUCCGAGUGCUCCAAUAAACUGGCGACGAGGAAAACUGCUGGGCCAGGGUGCCUUUGGCCGUGUGUAUUUGUGCUACGAUGUGGACACGGGCAGAGAGCUCGCAGCUAAGCAGGUCCAGUUUGACCCAGAGAGUCCUGAAACGAGCAAGGAAGUGAGUGCCCUGGAGUGUGAAAUUCAGCUGCUGAAGAAUCUCCAGCACGAGCGUAUUGUUCAGUAUUACGGCUGCCUACGGGAUCGGGCAGAGAAGACCUUGACCAUCUUCAUGGAGUACAUGCCAGGGGGGUCAGUGAAAGACCAGCUGAAGGCGUAUGGUGCUCUCACGGAAAACGUAACCCGGAAAUAUACUCGCCAGAUUCUUGAAGGAGUCUCGUACCUUCACAGCAACAUGAUUGUGCACAGGGACAUAAAGGGAGCCAAUAUUCUCCGUGACUCUGCUGGGAAUGUGAAGCUUGGGGACUUUGGGGCCAGCAAACGGCUGCAGACAAUCUGUAUGUCUGGAACAGGCAUCCGCUCUGUCACUGGCACACCGUACUGGAUGAGCCCAGAGGUGAUCAGCGGAGAGGGCUAUGGAAGAAAAGCAGACGUAUGGAGCCUCGCUUGUACUGUUGUGGAAAUGCUGACAGAGAAACCACCCUGGGCAGAGUACGAAGCCAUGGCAGCCAUUUUCAAAAUUGCCACCCAGCCAACCAACCCCCAGCUCCCUUCCCACAUAUCAGAACAUUGCCGGGACUUUCUAAAGCAAAUCUUUGUGGAAGCCAGGCACAGACCCUCUGCUGAAGAGCUGCUCAGACAUCAGUUUGCACAGCUCCAGUACUGAAUUACCUCCCUCGCUCGCAGCUCCUGCUGGGCUUUCGGUGCCCCGCCUGGUCUAGUUGCAACUGCCCGUCGUGGUGCUGCAUCUUCAAAAUGCCAACUCAGCUGUCCUAGUCCUUUGGGGAAUUUAUGCCAGGGAACCUAGGGUCUGCCCUUGUGCCUGAUACCUUUGUUUGCUGGACUAAUGUUUGUUCUACCGACAGCUGUCCGAACAGAGCUGCAUUUUUGCCCUAGUUACCUUGAUGUGAAGCUGUAGCUGGCUGCAUGUUUUCUGCAGGCCCAAGAAUGGGAAUCUAUGAAGUGUCUCGCCGGUUGAACCUAGAAGAAAUCUGAACCAAAGUGGGAACUGGAAGAGCUACACUAUUCAGAAACGUGCAAUGGCUACCCAGGCCAGCUUUCUCCAAGUGGCUACUCAUGUGGGUCACUGCUUUCCAGACUUCUAGGGCUUUAGAGGCAUCUAUAGUACGUGAAUCCAGCAAAAAGCCAUGUGUCAUUGAGCAUGCGCUCACUAUAUUAUAUAUUUUUCUUCUUAAGUAUUCAGCAUCUGAAGGUGUUCAGAAAAUAUUGAUUCAAAAGUAUGUGAAUAGUGUUAUUUUAUAAUGAAACCGUGGAUUUGGGGGUGGGGGUGAGGGAGGUCUUUCUAGCUAAAUGUCAGGAUAAUCAGAAAAGUUUCAGCAGAAUGCAAUCACUCUAGGGUCUAGGAUAAGGGCUCUCCCACUGACAUUAGAAAAAUCCAGAGCUUGAUUUCCAAGGCUUGAUCUGUCCUAGCAUUGAGACAGUGUUGGUUAGCUUGUGUCCUCAUAGCCAACAAAUCUGCGUCCCAUGUUCAUCUCCCUGAGACUGUUGGGUCUAAACAAAUCCCUUCUGGAAGGGAGUUGUGCAGAACAGCUUUGUGUUGUACCUAUCUUUUUGGCAGGUAACUUUUUACCAUCCCUUAAACCAAAGAUAGUUUACCUGGCGCCCAGGAAUUUACUUCAGGAAAAGCUUACAAGUUUCUUUGAUGGCCUGGCCUGAUGGAAAAUUAAGAAAAUAGGUUGCUGUUUUUUCACGGGGAGAAUUUGCUGGACACUAGUUUUACUUGUGCACAGUAAGCUAGAGUCAAGCUCAACCCUUCAGCAAGUGUUUUGUUUUACAGGUGUGCAAGUGUUCAUUUAAGGUUUCCAUAAAAUAUUUUGGUCCUAUUUAAAUAAGCUUUUGUACAAAUUAAGUCAAACAGUGAAACAAAGAGAACACUUGUAAUGGUAGCAUAUUUGUAAAACUAUCUGGCCAACAAGAGAGUUGCAGAAAUCCCCAGGCAGGUACCAGCAAGAUCUAUCCAAGUCAUUUUGCAUUUGAAGUGUUCAUGUCUGAUAUCAGAUUUCCUGAUGGCUCGCUGGCCUCAAACACUGUAUGUUGAUUGCGGCACCCACAGUCCUCGUUUCACGCAGAAGAGCAGCAGUUUUUAAGUGCUGGGGAUCCUUGGCUAAUUAUACGAUUUCUGUGUGAAAUUAAACUAAGAGAAGAAAGCACGUUACUAGCUAAAAUAUUGCUUUAUAGAGCAACAUCAGAGGUGUUCUGCUCUUGUAUUGGAAACCAUAUUAAUGGUCCACAUGCCUCCCCUCCCCCUCCUAAAAAAAAAAAGAAAAUCACUUUCAUAAUGCAGUAAAAUUAACAGGAGUUCAUUUGUUCAUUUUAAGUGAAAGCUCUUAGCAGGAUAAGGCAAGUUUUAAUGAAACCAAGCUCCUUGAACACCCAACAAAUAAUAUGUGAAAUUAGAAGAGGGAACAAAAAAGAAGAAAGGCCCUGAAAGGCUUUAACAAUCUGACGUGUUUUUUCUGUGCCAAACUCAGAGCAAUGUGUAAUCAGUGAAAGAAAGCUAGUGUUGGUUUCCCUUUUGGCUCUCCUGCACCACUACAAGGAUGCACUGUUUAGGGUGCAGGCACUUAGGGGGAUUUAUUUUUUCUUUUUUUAUGAAAGCCCUUGUUCCAUAAUUUAUUUAAUUCUAGUGAGAGCACUUCUAUUGAUCUCUUUAAAAUCUGGAACUUGACUCCAAAUUGUCCGGACACAUGGCCUGACUUUUGGCCUGCACUUCACUGUCGCUUGCACCAGAGGGAAGUGAGGGCGUAACACUACUAUUCUGUUUUGGGGAGUCAUUUACACCACUUUGCUGUGGCGUAAAUGGCUGCGUAUGCUGCAGAGGGAUGUGAAAUCAUUCCCGUAGUCUCGACAGAAGUAGGGUGGUCAGCACUCCUGUGGGGCCCGGUAGCACUCUUCAAGCCUUGCAACUAGCACCUGAACAUACCAAAGAUUGGAAUCUUUUAUUUUCACACUUGAACCCACAGGCAUAAAGCAGCGACCUAGACUGCAGUGAUCCUGUCCGUGUAGGUUUCUCUGUACCCUCGGCUUGUCCUCACCAAAUCGAGACCUCCUUCCGUGGUCUUUCCUUGCCAUCCCACACAUUGUGUCUUGGGAGAAUAGGGCAUGAGGAAAUGGUGUAACUUUUAGUGUUUCAAAGCAACUAAAUCCUCAGGAUCUGUUGUGGCUUUUACCUCAUACGCGGCAUGGAAGGCUGUGCCAGAGCAGAGCAAAGAGCGUCGUGGGCUGAUGGGCUCAGUCCUUUCCCCGUCAGAGCUUCUGGGCCUUCCCACCACCUAUGCUGAGAUGUGCCUACUCUGUAUACACUUGUAUUCCAGUCUGUAGUAAGGAAAGUCAAUAGCAAUUGUACGGUGACAAGAGAACAUGGGGUGCCAGCUUGGACUUCUUGUAUUCCAGUACCUGACCCAAUGCCACCCGUUCGGCACAGGAACAAGCCAAAGCAUUACUUGUAUGUUUGGAGAUGCACUUUUAUGAAUGUAGUUUAUAUCGCUCUUUUUUAGCUCUUUUUACAUCAUGUAAACGGUGAUGCCUCAUACUUUUUUUUUUUAUUUAUAUCGUAAAAGAUCAUAUUUGGUGAUUUUUAUAUAUAUCGACUCGACUGUUACGGGGUAGGGGGGAGGAUGGGAAAUUAAUUUGACGCCUUUAUGAAUUUAAAAAGGAAAAAAAGCAGCUGGUUUUGCAGAGAAUUUGCUGAUGGUUUAUAACAAGUAGAGCCAAGCCAAAAUGCAUUCUUUGUUUCCUCACAGCCUUCUUGAUUAUGGAAAAGGAAGAUCAGGAUUCCUAAGUCCACUGCUACAAUGAAUAAACAUGGGGCCAGCAUUUAUACUACAGUCUCUUUAUACAACCCUGACAUCAAAAAACUUUCAAGUGGACAUAAAUGUAAUUAUACCUCUAAAUUGAAUUACAUCUGGCCUCUUUAUCCUGGCAGAAUUGGAAAAAAAAUGGGGAUAAACUUGUUUAGGGGAGAGCGGAGGAGAGAGUGCCAGGCUAACAAAAAGCUGUUGUGUCCAUUUCAAAUGUCAUUUUGUGUUUUCAGCUCUUCCUUCCUGGGAGGCAGAUACGGUGAAUAUUUAGUAUUGGGAUUCUUCAUGGAAGGUGCUGCAAAAGUGGAGAAAAUUCUGUCUGAAGAAAAAUAUCUUAUAGGAGUAUUAUUAUCCUGAAACAGUUGUGAGUCUGAGCAGGAAAAUGUCUGAUUCCCAUCAGAGAGGAGCUUGGGGGAAUGGGGACUUUGGCUAUCCAUGAGCUUGUUAGGAAGCAAACUAUUGGCAUUUUGGUCUUGGUGUGACGAUUCUGUGUAUUCCAGGUUACUAGCUUCUUCUCCACUAAAUCUGGUCUUUGCCUAUUCUAAUUGCUGUAGGUUGCAGCACUUUGGAUUUUUUCACAUUUUUGGAGUGGUAUUCCAAAGAACUUGAAGAUGCUCCAAAGAGAGGUUCCUUUGCCAUUAAUUACCAAAACAAAUUAACCCAAAGGGAAAUUGGUACCUGCUCAGGUGACACACGUUAUUUCCAAGUGCCAAGAGAGCCAGGAUAACUUGUGAAACCUCAGUAACUCUAUCCCUGCUGUACAGGCUUUCACUGGUAGGCAAAGGCACAUUUAAAGCUGUGCAGGGGCAGCUGAAUGAGAUCCCAGUGACUGGUUAUUAGGUUCAUAGCUGCUGGGUGGAAAGGUUUUAUGUAUUUGAUUAUGUAGGCCUGUGGCUGUCACCUUGGUACCUGCCCUUGGAGCUGGGAGUAUUCAGUCUGUCUAAUAUUCAGAGGAAAGAUUGGUGUUGUCUGUGGUUUAAUGGCGUUUGGGCUUCAGCUCUCUAAACCCCAACCUUGUUCAGGAGCAAAUCUCACCAAGCAGCUCUGAAUUCCCCAGUUAGAAAAGGCAGAUGCCUAGGAGGCGGUUUAGAAAAGGACAUCGUUGUGUGUUAACACCUGUCUGACAUAAACCAUGCAGAGCAGGGAGAAAUUGCUUUAACCUGGAUUGUGCAGAAGACCUUGAACCAGUAGUCUAUAUAUACCGACCGGGGGCUUGCAGUGCAAAGCCAGGCCAAUGUAUCGUUUUAUUUACAAUAAAAUUAUCAUUUAUAUG